AUUAAAGGUUCCCUGUGGAGUUUUUGACCUCUUGUAGCGCUAUGAAGCUGUUUUUCUAUGAGUGGGGCCCUGUUUUGUUUAUCUCGCGCCAAGAGGACGCUCGCUCAUGCGGGUGACGCAAUACACAUUGCUGCCAAUGGUUUCACACUAUUCCACUGACUGACAUGUGAUGGUAAUGUGCCGAGAUAUGCAGCAAUGUACCAGCAAAGGCAGAGAAGAAGAAGACAGCUAGCAAGUAAGCGUGGAUGUAAACAAUGCUGGACUUUGUUGGACCUCAAGUAUACACACAUUUUUCGAGUAAUAGAGCUGAAACCCCAGCUGUUGCCAUGGCAAUCCUGUUUGCUGUGGUGACUCGUGGAACCACCAUCCUGGCAAAGCAUGCAUGGUGUGGCGGCAACUUCCUGGAAGUGACUGAACAGAUUUUAGCCAAAAUCCCAUCAGAGAAUAACAAAUUGACCUAUAGCCACGGCAGCUAUCUCUUUCAUUACAUCUGCCAUGACAGAAUCAUAUACCUGUGUAUCACUGAUGAUGACUUUGAGAGGUCACGUGCAUUCAGCUUCCUCAGUGAAGUCAAGAAGCGCUUCCAGACAACGUACGGGUCGCGAGCUCAAACAGCCCUGCCUUAUGCCAUGAACAGUGAGUUCUCCUCAACACUGGCAGCUCAGAUGAAACACCACUCAGACCCACGAGGAUCAGAUCGUGUCACUGAGACUCAGAUGCAAGUGGACGACCUGAAGGGCAUUAUGGUCCGCAACAUAGACUUGGUAGCUCAGAGGGGAGAGAAGCUGGAGUUGCUGAUUGACAAGACAGAAAAUCUGGUUGAUUCAUCGGUCACAUUCAAGACCACAAGUCGUAACCUGGCACGAGCCAUGUGUAUGAAGAACCUCAAACUGACUGUUGUCAUUGUGCUGGUGUGUCUGGUGGUCCUUUACAUUAUCGUUUCUGCUGCCUGUGGAGGCCUCAGCUGGCCCACUUGUGUCAAAUAGUGAGAGGAGAGUGGGGUUUAAAGGAGAAAGGGAGAAGGGGAGAAGCGCCUGCCAACUCUGCCUGCCAAUGGAUGCAAAAGGAAACACAACUUUCCUUCCUUUACUCCUCUAGAUUCAACAUCCCCAGAAGACACAUGCUGCUCCUCCACCUGCCUCCUUCCUCGCCCCCUCUUUGAUAGUGUGCACACUGACUUGCCUUCUGGACAGGGAGUCCCACCUCAUACCCACACUAAUGGACAGCAGCCGUGUGGCCUAAAACUGAUGUGGAACAAUAAUCCUGUCUUAUACUAGUCUGGUACAUUCAUCCUGUCUCAUGCACUUAGUGGCCUGAUGUAUCAGUUUGCGAUACUGUCCUGCACCUAUCUAUGUAAAUAAUCCAUUCAGACAGAUACCAGAAUGAACCACAAAGAUAGCUUUGUUAUUGUCCUGCUUUUCCUUUGCUGUCAACAGAGACAUAUGGAUAGCAUUUACAGUCUGGUUCUCUGAAAACUAAUAUUUGACAAAACAGAUGCAGUAUAUAGUAUGUCUCAAGUUACAAGUGUCUAACGAACCAUGUUGGUGGUGUCUCAUGAAUGAGAUGGUCCCUUUUUGCUCAGAAACAGAUUUUCUGAUUUCCUUCAUGUUUUAUCACCAAGCACAUAGUAUAUUCUAAAAUGGAUGUUGUAAAAUACGACAUAAUAUCAUACAAAUAAAUAUUGUACAUUUGAUUGAUGUGACUGAUUCAAAAGACGUAAUGUUUCUUUUAAAUCGAGCCUGAUUUUUGGGAGAAUCCUUAUCUCUUUCCCACCUUGAUAGGAGACUUACUUUCACCCUUAACUCUGCUAGGAUGUUCAGUGUGCCCAUAUGUUCUUUCUGUUAACACAAUGCACUUUUUACAUUGUACAUAGAUUUGCAUCCUGGCAUCAUAUGAUUUCUAAUUAUGUAAUUAUUUAACUAUUGUACAUCUAGAUUUGAAAUAAUAAAAUCUGAUGGUAUCAA